CUCCAGUAUCUGAGUGGUUGGCAAGGCUGUCACCGGUCGGGGAGGCGUGACCGACCGAUUACUGUCCGAGGGGGACAUGGACGGACACAGUCGGACGAUCAUCACAUCUGAAGGUGAAAGAUCCCGCGGAGGGUCCUGCUGCGCUGAGUGUUCCGGAGCUGUCUGAUGUAGGCUAAUAAAGUACGCCUACAGUAGUAGUAGCCUUGAAGAGGAAGAAGAACGCCCACAUGCAUUGUUGCCAGUCUCCUGAAACUAUCCAGCCAGCAACAACAACGGUCCCACCAUCCAUCAGACCAUCCCUCAUGGCAACGAUUGUCAUGGAUAGGAUUGGGCGUCUGUUCAUCAACCUCCAGCAGGUAAGGGCGGUGCCUCAGAUGCUGACAGAGGUCGCCCCCUCCAUGCCCGGCACGCUACGGGACACCGAAGUUCCCGGGUUCUUCAGAGAGCGCUACAUCCACGCCGGCUACCGACCGCUCCACCAGGGCUGGAGGUACUACUUCCUUUCGCUGUUCCAGCGUCACAACGAGACCAUCAACGUGUGGACCCACCUGCUGGGGUCUCUCCUUGUCCUGGUCAAGUUCCUCCAGCUGGCUGAGACGGUAGACUUCAUCCAUGAUGCCCACGCCUGGCCCCUCCUCAUCCUCCUCCUGUCCUCCCUGGCCUACAUGGCCUGCAGCACUGUAGCCCACCUCCUGGCCGCCAAAUCAGAGUUCUACCACUACUGCUUCUUCUUCCUGGAUUAUGUAGGAGUGGCUCAGUAUCAGUAUGGCAGCGCCGUGGCUCACUUCUACUAUGCUGUGGAACCAGAUUACCACCAGUGGGUCUCCUCGGUCUUCAUGCCCACUGCCACCUUCCUCUGCUGCCUGUCUUGCCUGGGCUGCUGCUAUGGGAAGUAUCGCAACCACAGCCUACGGGUCUGGGUCCGGAAGGUGGGGCAGGUGGUUCCCUCGGCUAUGGCCUAUGCCUGGGAUACUAGCCCGGUGUUCCACCGCCUCCUCCUCUGGCCCACGUCGCACAGUGAUGACAUCACUGCCGCGGCCAGUGGCGUAGUCGGUGACCCGGCUAUAUCCUUCCAUGGGGGCCAGGUAGCCUUCUUCCUGUCCAGUGCGUUCUUCUUCACCAACCCCCUCCCAGAGCGUCUGUUCCCAGGCCACUGUGAUUUCCUGGGACAGGGCCACCAGCUGUUCCACGUCUUCCUGGUGAUCUGUACCCUCUGUCAGAUCCAGGCCUCUCACCUGGACUACCUGGGCCGACGGCCACUCUACACACAGCUACACGGAGAGAGAGGAGCAGCAGCCACUAUCUAUCUGGUUCAGUAUGGAGCCACGCAGGUGGUCUGUGUCUGUAUAGCAGUCUUCAUGGCGAGGAAAGUAAAACGGUUGCUUGACUGCAGAGACAAGUCCAAAUGAAUUGGCUUGGAGACUAUGUAAGAGGGUAGGAAAGUUAGAAUCACUUCCCAGUGGGCAAAACCGGUUGAAAUGGGUUGACGUUAUUACAGCCAGAACCUUUUGCCCAGUUUUGCCCUCUGGUUUGGUACCAAAGUGAUCAAUGUGGCCUUGGUUGACUCGACACACACUGCCUUCCUUUGUUUUUGAAAUGUACAUUUAUAUGAUAAUAUUAUGUUUCUCUACAGCACCUGUGUCCUUGAGAGAGUGUUGUUUACCUUUUACAUAAUGGAAGUUGAGGAAGCCUAUCACUAGCAUGGUCACAGAUCUGUGACCAUAAGAGUUGGCAAGACUGCACAAACAGAUCUGGAACCAGGCUAGCCUAGCACUGAACAAAGCCUCAAUGAGAUGUAAGAAUGUUGAUAGCUUGCAUAGUACUUUCUAUAUUUGCUAUGAUUGCUCACUGUAAUCCUAGAAUAGAUCUGCUUAGUUGUUCUCUGUUUUUCAAUUGGCAUGGUGGUGUCAAAUGAUGUAUGUAAUGUACAUUAUCGUACACCUGUAAAUUGUUGCGGAGGUUAUGUUCCAUCGCUACAUUUUCCUUUUGAUUGACCAUGAGGGGAAAAGGGAAAUGUGUUACCUCUCUUACCAUGGCCUACCACUGCCAGGACACACUCUUCACUCAGUGCUGUGACGUAAACCAGAAUAGAGACAAGCUCUGAUUGGCUCUUUCUGGAAGAUCACCAUGUGACCUAUAACAAAACAUCAGUUCAGCCAAUGGGAUUGAGUAAAGGUGUGAGGACAACUCCCUUUAUACAUUGCAACACACAUAGCCAAUCCCAAUUGGGUCCCCAUGCCUUCCCCUUUGCCAUAUUAAACCUUAUGUGUUUGCAGAUCUGAAGGGUGAUAGGUAUUAUGUGUAGUGUUGGAGCUUCCACCUGACAGACCUGCAAUCGCAGGGAUAUCGCCAAGGAGAAGGGCUAGGGAGUGUAUUGGGACCGGCUUUGUUCAUGUUUACCCUUUGUCCAUUACUCUCUGAUUGUGCCAUAGGGUGUUAUCAGUGGAGGCUGCUGAGGGGAGGAGAGCUCAUAAUAAUGGCGGGAGCAAAUGGAAUGGCAUCAAACACAUGGAAACCAUGGAAACCAUGUGUUUGAUGUAUCUGAUACCAUUCCACUGAUUCCGCUCCAGCCAUUACCACGAGCCCGUCCUCCCAAUUAAAGUGCCACCAACCUCUUGUGGGAGGUAUCGUUUCCCCCUGACUGAUGCCCAAAAAAUACCUUCACAACAAUGCAGUGUUAUUAUGACAUGUCAGGAAUCAUAACAAUUUGCAGGGCCUUCACAUUUCAGAACUUUGUUAACUUUAUGGCAUUUGUAGAACAGCAAUAAAAACUACUUGAAGCCCA